AUGUUAAACAAGCAAUUUGUGGCUUUGGCCGCCUUCUUGGCCUCAUCACUCCUUUCUCCAACCAAUGCUCUUCCUCUUGAUGCAUCGAUAGAGGCUAGAGCACCUGCUUGUGAUCACUGGGUGGACACAUGGACUUCCAUGCCCCAGCUCACUGAACCGGCCAAUCUGCCCAACCCACCUUUCAACCAGACAGGCUCUGUGUUUGUCAACAGUACUAUUCGACAGACCCUGCAUAUGUCAAUUGGCGGUCCACAAAUCAGGAUCCGUCUUUCCAAUGCGUUUGGUGCAACUCAACUCAACAUCACGGCCGUAACCGUCGCAUUGCCCUACAACAACUCGGCGGGGCAGAGCAUCAUCGAGACCAACACUCUUCAGACUGUCACCUUCUCGGGCAACAAUUCUAUCAUCAUUCCCGACGGUUCUCUCGCUGUUUCGGAUCCUAUCCACUUCCCCAUCAAUCCUCAGUCUGAGCUCGCUGUAUCGAUAUAUCUUGCUGGCGGUCAGCUCGGUAAUAGCAUUACUUCGCAUCCUGGCUCAAGAACGACAUCGUUCUACCAGUUCGGCAAUGCAGUGAGUGCAGCCAACCUGACCGACGCUUCUGUGCAAAGUGUCGCACAUUGGUACUUCCUCUCUGCCAUCGAGGUUUGGUCACCACCGCAAGCAAGAGGUUUCGCGAUCGUCGGAGAUUCCAUCACUGAUGGUCGUGGUUCGACGACAAAUGCCAACAACCGUUGGCCUGAUCUCGUCCUCGCACGCAUGCAGAAGAACCCCUCUACCAAAGAUAUUGGUGUUUUGAACCAAGCUGCAGGUGGAAACCGCAUCCUUGCUGAUGGCCUAGGUCCGAAUGCGCUGGGUCGCAUUGAUCGUGACGUGCUGGCUCAGUCUGGCAUCAAGUACUCCAUGAUCUUCGAGGGUGUAAACGACAUUGGAACUGCCGAUUCGACUACGGCUGCUCAAGACUUUGUUUACAAUCAAUUGAUCCAAGCCUACGAGCAGAUCAUCACCCGUAUCCACACGUUCGGCAUACCGAUAUUUGGCGCUACGAUCACGCCGUUCUCAGCUCCGAACAGCACUAUCCAGGCAUACAGCACUCCAGAGCGUGAGGUGACGAGACAGCGUGUCAACCAGUGGAUCCGCACGAGCGGCAAAUUCGACGCAGUUCUAGAUUUUGACAAGGUGGUGAGAAGCUCGGCAAACCAGAGCAUGUUGCAAGAUCAGUACAACUCUGGUGACUACCUGCACCCGAGUCCUGCUGGGUACCAAGCCAUUGCGGACAGCUUCGAUUUGAACCUGUUCAAUCGUUUCGCGGGUGGAGUCAGCAGCUACAUGUGA